CGUGUACAUACUCAUAUAUACAUGCUUAUGUGCUAAAUAUGUAUUUAUCGCCAGCCAAUCAAACGUCAAGUAGCGAUUUUUAAGUGGUCCCUUGAAAACUUAUUAGUGGCAAUAAAAACAAAUUGAAUACUCGUAUUUACAUAUAUACACUACAUAUGUAUAUACAGGCAUAUGUACAUACGUAUUAACCUACAAGUAAAUAGCUUUUUCAUUAACUUUCACAUAAAAAUCCAACCGAGCUCGGUUUUUUUUCUGAAUUUUCUUUGUACUCGUACGGAUUAGUGUUCCGCUGUGAAAAUAAAUCAAGUGAAAAUAAAAAUUAUUAAAUAAAUAUACAUAUAUAAAUACAUACAUGCAUUUUGUAAGCGAUUACGCUUUUUAGCGUUAUGUGCGGUUGCGUCCACCGAUUUAUUGUUAACUGAUUGCAUUACUGGAUUUUUUUCCUCAUUCGGGCGUAAACUCAUCCCUUGCAAAGAAGUGCAGCGAAGUUACCGGCGGCAUAACGGGUAUUUAACGAAGGCCUAGCUAAAUCUUGUGCGAUGAAGGAGAAGAGUAAAAAUGCCGCUCGCACUAGACGUGAAAAGGAAAAUGCGGAAUUCUUCGAAUUGGCCAAAUUACUACCAUUACCAAGUGCAAUUACAUCACAGUUGGACAAAGCUUCCAUCAUAAGAUUAACAACAUCUUAUCUGAAAAUGCGUCAAGUUUUUCCCGAUGGACUGGGCGAGGCGUGGGGCACUUCACCGGCAAUGCAACGCGGCGCUAUCAAAGAGCUUGGCUCACAUUUGUUACAAACAUUGGAUGGUUUCAUAUUUGUUGUGGCACCGGAUGGCAAAAUUAUGUACAUCUCGGAGACGGCAUCCGUACAGUUGGGUCUAAGUCAGGUCGAGUUAACGGGCAAUUCGAUAUUUGAAUAUAUACACACACACGAUCAGGAGGAAAUGAACUCCAUACUCUCACUUCAUCCUUAUGUGUAUCAAAAUCCUGAUGCAUUUAUUAAUUCAUUACAUCUAACACAGAGCGGCAAUCCACCCACCGGCAAUGCGAAUGUGAUUGGUAGUCCGAACGGCGGCAGUUAUGGCAGUGAUCGUGGUUCGCAUACGAUCGAAAUACAAAAAUCCUUCUUCCUGCGCAUGAAGUGUGUGUUGGCGAAACGUAAUGCGGGACUGACUACAUCUGGUUAUAAGGUCAUACAUUGUUCCGGCUAUUUGAAAGCGCGUAUAUUUCCCGAUUAUGGCGACGGUCAUGGCGGUUGCAUACAAAAUCUGGGACUUGUAGCUGUUGGUCAUUCUUUGCCUUCGUCUGCGAUAACGGAAAUUAAAUUGCAUACAAAUAUGUUUAUGUUUCGUGCGUGUAUGGAUUUGAAGCUGAUAUUUUUAGAUGCGAGAGUCUCCCAACUCACCGGUUAUGAACCUCAAGACCUCAUAGAAAAAACUCUUUAUCAAUAUAUACAUGUUGCGGACAUUAUACCAAUGAGCUGUGCCCACAAUAUACUGAUAUAUAAAGGACAAGUCACCACCAAAUAUUAUCGUUUCCUGACGAAGGGCGGCGGCUGGGUUUGGGUGCAAUCGUAUGCGACGGUAGUGCACAAUACACGUUCAUCGCGUACUCAUUGUAUUGUCAGUGUAAAUUAUGUCCUUAGUGAGCAAGAGGCCAAAGACUUGAUUCUGAACGAAAUUCAAACGGGUGUGGUUAAGAGCGAGCCAAUCACCGCGUCAGCUGUGUUGACGCCAUCUUUGCAUGCGGCGCACGCAGCUGCCACUGUUAUACAUUCGGCGCUAAGCAGCAACGGCAUUGUAGCGGGCAAUUCACCGAGUUGCGCAGCACUGAGCAGUGUGAGUCCCAAACUGGAUCCGUGUUUUGAAAGUGCUGGCGUUUUACCACCAAAUGUGCUUACGCCGGUACUAACUGGCGGCAGUAGCAGCAGUGGCGGCGGUGGCGGUGGCGGUGGUGGUAGCGGUGUACCACUUAACAAUAACAAUAACAACAAUAAUGCUUAUAUGUCGGGACAUUUAAUGCACACACAACUACCGCAUCAUCAUCAUCAGCAUACGCAACUGCAUGUACAUCCGCACGCUAACGCACACUCACACACACAUGUGCAUCCACAGCACACGCACACGCAUCAAAUGCAUCACGUGCAUGCGCACGCUCACGAAGUGCCGCCGUCAACGCAACACGAUAACCUCAGCUAUACAUCGCUUUUCCCGCCGAUCAACGAUCUCGUUGUAUCCUCGUCGACGAUCAGUGCGCUUGGUCAUGAAAUACAAUAUCCGGAUACAACCACCGGGGUUGGGGGCGGCGCCUAUUAUGGUAGUAGCAUUGGUACUGCCAACAGCAAUAACAAUUCUGGUAGUGAGCAUUACUACUAUGAUGCCGCAGUGUCGGCGACGACGUUGAAUCGACCGUACUCAGCAAAUUCCAAUAGUUGUUCCAGCAGCGCGGAGAGUGAUAGGCAAAUGUCAACCGGUAAUGCAUCCAUAGUUACCGGCACCUCACCGCAGACGACGUACAGUGAACUAAGCCAUAAUUUUGAAUUGCACUAUCUAUCGGAUAGCAGUUCACACCAACAGGCUGUUAUGGUAGGUCCAACGCCAACACAGCAACAACAGCACCACCUUCCAAGCAUGGAACACCAUCAGCAUACGCAUCAUCAUCAACAACAGCAACAACAACAUCUACAUCAGUUGCAACAACAAACCUUGGCGCCCAGUCAUGUUGCAGCGUUGCAACAGCCACCGCCGUCACAGACUCAGCCACAGCAACAAAAUCAAAUGGAUCAUCAACAAAUGCAAACGCACCACCAGCAAUUGCAAACACAGGCACAGCAACAACAUGCACUGGUUGCUCAUCAACUGCAACAACACGAUCAGGAGCAGUUACAACAUCAACAACAGCAGCAGCAGGAACACAUCUCACGCACAUUCGCUGUCACCGUGGAGAAGGGUAUAAAUGUGCCACCGCAAUAUACCAGCGUUAUAGUGGAGCCGCAUCAUCAGUAUGAUUUUGUGCAUUAGCAUUUGCUGGCUUUUACGAUCCGCAGGAUCGGUAGUGGUAAAACGAAAGUUGCACUUUUGUUGUGGAUGCCUUUGGUAUCGUCAUUUUGCUGUAACCGUUGGUCGGGUCGCAGCACUUUGUUGUUGUUUAUUGUAAUAGUGCUAAGUAAUAAUUAUUAAUUAAAUCGGACUGAGUCAGAAAGAAGUAAUAACCAAAUAUAUAAUUUUUUUUGUUAUAAUACAACCCUGUUUCCUAUUUUAUGGCGGUCAACAUGACUGACAAAUAACCGUAAUUAUACCAUUAAUGAGGCAACCGCACUUUUCAAAUCAAAUCAUAAUGUUUAUAAUCAUUUCUUUAUCUGUUCUUAAAUUUUGCCGUCUGGCAAUACUAACGUAAAUGUCAUCAAGAUUUAUUCUCAAAAAAAGGAAGGUAGUUUCACUCAAUAUAAAAUUAACAGAAGAAGGCUUUUUGACAUCAUAUCUUAUUUUCAU